GUUGACCUUCUGCGUGCUCUCUCCUCGCAAUCUACAAUUCCACUGACACUACAUGGCGCCAGACAGGGGCAUAGCUCCCUCCAGAGGGAAAUCCUCUAGGACGUGGGAUGCUCUCAACCCUCCGUUAUCGCCAUGGAUCCUCGAUGCAGUGGCCGCCAUGAAUUUCACUCGCAUGACCCCAGUCCAAGCCUCGACCAUUCCCCUCUUCAUGGCCUACAAAGACGUCGUAGUUGAAGCGGUCACGGGUAGCGGAAAGACGUUGGCAUAUCUUAUACCGGUGGUGGAAAAGUUGUUAAGACUGGAAGAGCCGAUCAAGAGACACCAUGUGGGUGCCAUCAUCGUUUCUCCCACCAGAGAAUUGGCCACACAGAUAUACAGCGUCUUGGUUUCUUUACUGAGAUUCCACCCUCCCUCCGCUGCGGCCCUCGAACCGUUGGAUGAGCCAGUUGACUCUGAUGCAAACAAUAGGGCAGAGUCCUUUGCCCCGUCAACACUGAAGGUUGUCCCGCAGCUGCUCGUGGGCGGGUAUACCAGCCCAGCACAAGACCUGAGUAAAUUCCUCAAGACUUCUCCGAAUGUGUUAGUUGCGACACCAGGUCGCCUUGUCGACAUCAUGACCUCAAGAGAUGUCCAUUAUCCGAAGUCCUCGUUCGAAAUGCUUGUGCUUGACGAGGCCGACCGACUGCUCGACCAUGGAUUCAAGGACGAGCUGACCAAGAUUCUCAAUCUUCUGCCCAAGGAGCGGAGGACAGGUCUCUUCAGCGCAAGUGUGAGCGAGGCACUAGAUCAAUUGAUUCGUGUGGGACUACGGAAUCCUGUGAAGAUUGAGGUCAAAGUGAAGGGCGCAAAUGGCGUGGAAGACAAGCGGACCCCUGCGAGUCUCAAGAUGACCUAUGUGGUGACCAGAGCUACUCAGAGAUUUCCAUUCUUAGCGGCUCUACUGAGACACCUCGACCCAAUGCCGCUCCGGACAAUCGUGUACUUGUCCACUUGUGCCGCGGUGGACUACUUCCAGACCCUGCUACCAUCAAUCAUGCCAUCAGAGGCAGUGCUUGUGCCUUUGCAUGGUAAGCAUCCAGCAAAUGUGCGGGAGAAGAACUUCAUCCGCUUCACAGACUCGGGCUCUCCCUCUGUACUUCUGACUACCGAUGUAGCCGCCAGGGGUUUGGAUAUCCCUUCCGUGGAUUUGGUGGUACAGAUUGACCCGCCAUCAGAUCCUAAGGUCUUUCUGCAUCGAUGCGGGCGAGCGGGUCGCGCGGGUCGCAAAGGUCUCAGUGUCGUCCUUCUACUCCCUCACGAGCAAGACUAUGUGGAAUUUCUAAAAGUCCGCCAUACCCCCAUUGAGCCCUUGACCGAACCUGGUACUUCCGACAUGGCGGACGACUGCCUCGUGGCCGAGGAGAAGUUCCGAAAAAUUGUCCUGACGGAUCGAGCGCUGCACGACAAAGGGCAGAGGGCAUUCGUCAGCUGGGUCAGAAGCUAUUCGAAGCACGAAGCAAAAUCUAUCUUCAGCUUGGGUGGAAUUGAUUGGAACGAUCACGCAGCUGCCUGGGGUCUGUUGAAAAUGCCCAAGAUCGCCGAGCUCAAGAAUACCAAGCUACAGCCCUACCAGGGGCCUGAUCUUGAUUGGGACAGCUAUGGGUACAAGGACAAGCAGCGGGAGAAGCAUCGGAAACAGAUGCUCGAAGAGGGUCCAGAGGAUGACCGGGGAGGUGGCAAGGAGACCGACUCCAAGAAGCGGAAGAAGGGCACAGUGGCAUGGUCCGAGAAGCUCGAGCGCAAGGCAAACAAGGAGGUCAGGCGAUCCAAGAAGGAAGCGAGAAGACAACACGACAGGAAGGCAAAGAUGACGGAAGACGAGAAGCAAUAUGAAGCCGAGACUGCACGGAUGAUUGAGAAGCUCCGGCGCCAGCAAACGAAGGACAGCCACCAAGAAGACGUCUUCGAAGGAUUUGGAUGAGCCGGGUUGGGUGCUCAGCACAGACCGCGCUGUCCGCCAACGACAGAUUACCCCGUGACCCUCAUCAAACUCAUAUGAAGCUAGUCUAGAGUGGGUGCAGUUCGGGUUGAUGCCGACCCGUCACUUCAUGCGACCAGCCUUGUUCGCCGCAACUGCGACCUGCGCUGCAUGACCGGGACCUAGCAUGCUCGACCACUGUGAGAUGGUCCUUCGCACAGCACCCCCAGCACCCAAUGAGCCAGAGACAGUGCCUGCCUAUAUGCUCCUCCUCCUCACCCAGCAGCCCGAGAUCGCCAGCUCCGGACCUAAUGGGGCAACAUACCACAACAAACAGUUGCGACCAGGAUCACAGUCGCAAGGGACCUUCGAGAAGGCGGUUGUUCCACCGAACAAUGACGCAACACCACUCUCCAUCCCUCCUGUACGAUCUACUUCGUCGGUAGGGGGAAACAGCAGGGACAGAGAUUGCCCGCGAUGAAGCCCGGGAUUGGAAUGUCGGCGUGUACACCCCCAGAGGCCGGCCUGUAGUCCGUUGCCAAUCGACGAUUCGAUCUCCAGUGCUUGAAGUCUCUAUAUGGAGAUGAACAAGGGCGGCGAGUGCCACGCGGAGGAGGAGGGUGACAAGGAAUGAUAUAGGACGAGGAGGAAGAAGGGCGGCGCGGGAGACUAGGAAUGCAAAGGAAUAAAAAUGAUUGUUUGCGAGUCUCCAAAACUGGUUCUGGGUAAUCAACGUCGAUUGAGCUUGCAUUGGAUUGAAUGGCAUUAAAAUCAACCUAAUCACCUUGCAGCACGUCUC